CCGAUAAUUGAAUCAUCUGCUCCCUUCGCCAAUGUCACGACGAACCAAGGGGGCGGCGCUGCAAGUUUGGUCGACGGAAAACUCGUUUUAGUUAUGAUGAUGAUGAUCGGUUGCUACUUGCUAGUGCGGUAGUGCCUCCACCCCGAUUCAAUGGCAAGGGCGCCGCCCUUGGCUUUCACGGGCCAGGUAUCCCACACGCAGUUCAUCGAGCACCUCCGCCGCGCCUCCCGCCCCCGCGACGGCGAGGCCCUCCACGCUUGGGCGCUCAAGUCCGGUUCGUCCUCCCACGCGCCCGUCUCCAACUCGCUCAUCACUUUCUACUCCUCCUUCCCACGCCUCUUCCUGCCCGCGGCCUUCGCCGUGUUCGCAGACAUCCCUGCCGCCGCCCGUGACGUUGCCUCCUGGAACUCUCUCCUCAACCCGCUCUCCCACCACCGGCCCCUCGCCGCGCUCUCCCACUUCCGUUCCAUGCUCUCAUCCUCCACCAUCCUCCCGUCUCCGCACUCUUUCGCCGCCGCCUUCACGGCCGCCGCCCGUGCGCACUCCGCGUCCGCCGGAGCCGUGGUCCAUGCUCUCGCUUGCAAGCUCCCGUCCGCCAGCUCCAAUGUGUUCGUAUCCACCGCGCUGCUCAACAUGUACUGCAAGCUGGGUCUCAUUCCCGACGCCCAGCUUGUGUUUGACGAAAUGCCGCACCGAAACGAGGUGUCCUGGGCCGCCAUGGUGGCGGGGUAUGCUGCUAGAAAGUGCUCUCAGGAGGCCUUUGAGCUCUUCCGGCAGAUGCUUGGCGAGUGCCCGUUGCACAAAAAUGAGUUUGUGGCCACAGCGGUUCUUAGUGCGAUUAGUGUGCCACUUGGCUUGCCGAUGGGGGUCCAGGUGCAUGGGCUGGUUGUGAAGGAUGGGAUGGUGGGGUUUGUGUCAGUUGAGAACUCACUUGUCACAAUGUAUGCGAAGGCCGGGUGUAUGGAUGCAGCAUUCCAUGUGUUUGAGUCGUCUAAGGAGAGGAACUCCAUCACUUGGUCUGCAAUGAUUACUGGGUAUUCACAGAAUGGGAAUGCAGAAAGUGCAGUUAGGAUGUUCUCACAGAUGCAUGCUGCAGGGUUCCCACCAACUGAAUUCACUUUGGUUGGGGUUCUCAACGCGUGUAGUGAUGUGGGAACAUUGAUGGAGGGGAAACAGGCACAUGGUUUGAUGGUGAAGCUUGGUUUUGAGGUACAGGUUUAUGUGAAGAGCGCACUGGUGGACAUGUAUGCCAAAUGCGGCUGUAUUGGUGAUGCAAAAGAAUGUUUUAAUCAGUUUUCUGAGCUUGACAUUGUCCUUUGGACGGCAAUGGUUACUGGGCAUGUGCAGAAUGGGGAAUUCGAGCAAGCCUUGAUGUUGUAUGCCAGGAUGGAUAAGGAGGGCGUAUUUCCUAAUACCUUGACAAUAACUAGUCUUCUUAGAGCAUGUGCUGGCCUUGCAGCAUUGGAGCCAGGGAAGCAAUUGCACACUCAAAUCCUGAAGUUCGGGUUUGGUUUGGGGGCUUCUGUUGGAAGUGCCUUGUCUACAAUGUAUUCAAAAUGUGGAAACCUCGAAGAUGGCAUGGUUGUAUUCAGAAGGAUGCCUCAUAGGGAUGUUAUUGCAUGGAACUCGAUUAUUUCUGGGUUUUCUCAAAAUGGGCGUGGAAACGACGCAAUCAAUCUCUUUGAGGAGAUGAAGCUAGAGGGCACUGCUCCUGAUCCUGUAACGUUCAUUAAUGUAUUAUGUGCUUGUAGUCACAUGGGCCUAGUUGACAGAGGAUGGACUUACUUCAGGUCAAUGAUCAAAGACUAUGGUUUAACUCCUAGGCUCGAUCAUUACGCUUGCAUGGUGGAUAUUCUUAGCCGUGCAGGGAUGCUAAGUGAAGCAAAAGAUUUCAUAGAGUCAAUCACUAUCGACCAUGGAACAUGCUUGUGGCGUAUAGUACUGGGAGCAUGUCGAAGCUUACGGGAUUUUGAUGUUGGAGCAUAUGCAGGUGAAAAGCUGAUGGAUUUAGGUACUGGGGACUCCGCAGCAUAUAUAUUGUUGUCAAACAUCUAUGCUGCACAGAGGAAAUGGAAUGACGUUGAGCGGGUGAGAUAUUUGAUGAAACUUGUUGGAGUUAGCAAAGAUCCAGGAUGCAGUUGGGUUGAGCUUAACAGCCGAGUUCAUGUGUUUGUUGUUGGGGAGCAGCAGCAUCCUGAUGCCGAAAUUAUAAAUACCGAGUUGAGAAGGCUAGGUAAACACAUGAAGGAUGAAGGGUACAAUCCAGCAUCUAAAUAUUCACGGGAUGUACCGGACGCAUUAGGAGAAUCUCAUCAAGAAGACCAAUUACAAUUGAUAUCAGCAAUUUAUAGCUGACUUCUCGUGACAAGAACAGCGUAGAAUCAGCGAAAAUAUAUGAACACGGUUAACAGCCAUAUCUACAUGUUAGAUGAGAUACUGAGAUUGUGGCAUGUCCCAGUGUAAGAACUUAGCAAAGCAUAAUUGAUUGGUUAGCUGUUAUCUUACAUCAGAGUGCUCAUGACAAUUUUAUGCUUUUCUCAGAAGGAAAUAUGCAUACUUCCAAGAAUGUAAUGCAUGAGUUGGAAGCUAGUUGAAGACUGGAGAUUCCUUAUAGACCAUGGUUCUCAAAGCAAGUUGAUAUGUGCAUUAUAAUUUCCUAUGGCCGCAUGCUGAAGAUCUGCAGUACAAAACAUGACGAGAGACUGCAUGUUAAUUCCGUAGCAUCCAAAUGCUGAAGAAGGGCGUUUCAAACACCAGAAAAAACAUGGAAACAGCAAACUGCAGAUUACUGAUAUGCGUGUGCCAGGCGCAAGUGAUAGUCGACAUACCACAUCAUCCACACAUAAAAGGCAAUUUUGUCUUCUUUCUGGCAAACUCGUGUUUUCUGUUCAGUUAACACAUCAUCUGCCUGUCACAACUCACAGCUGAGGAACAUAUGGCACAUAACCAAUAUGGUGGCAUUGAAUCAUUUUGGUUGACACUCACACUAGCAUGGGUCAGGUUAGCAACUAGCAUUGACAAAGCCAGUGUGUAUUAGUCAGUGUGGAGAAAUGAAUUCUCUGGGUUUGUAGCCGAGGGAAGCUCAGUUUGGCAGCUCAUGUGUGCAUUGUUGCAGACAAGCAUUGAUCUGAUGCCUGGGCGUUAUGGCAGAACCCGUGUACACAUUGAUACCAUGAAGGACGGACAGUUGCUGGAUCCCAUGGUCAUGUUCUCAUACAAAUAUGUAUGUAGAAGCAUUGGCAUCUAAUACAUUGCCCCAGGCCUGCCGCACAGUCUGCCCAGCUUAAAAAGUCAAGGUUGCAGGCAAGAUAUUCUACUAGAAAAACAAAGUGAUUGAUUGGCUAUGCUGUGUUUAUUUUCAGCCUUUAUUUCUGAAUGUGUUUCUUUGCUGGCAUGCUGGUAUGCUUUGAUUUGCAAAUGGUCUGGUAUUGUUGGCUAGAUCAUGUUUGUCACUCCAUUCAUGUACAUAGUGUUACUGAAAUAGACCGCCUUGCUGGCUAGAUACACGUAUGCCAGGCCAUGAUUUAGGACUUUCUUCUUCUGCAAGGUUGUGGAGGAGAUUGCUUUAGGAGUUAUGUUUCAUGUCAUCGUGGACCAGGUUGUGCCUGUAUUCACCUUGCUUGGUUGUGAGAUUCGAAGUUCGUUCUACUCGCAAAAACAAUAAAAAAAUGGUCAAAUGGUCGUCGUAGUGGGCUGAGAAUUCAGUGAGAUGGUUUACAUUAUUGAAAACAUUUGUGCUGAA